AUGUCAAUGGCAACCGAAAAUGCAACGAAGGCGAUGGAGGAGAACGUCACAGGUUCAGGGGACAGCAGACACACCCACGGCGUACUGGCCCUUUUGGUUAGGGAGGAUUCUGCAGGAAGGGUUGCCGGUGCUUUGGGGUUUCCUCAUCCGCAGGCCUCUGUGAAAGAGGCAGAACCAGCAGCACCACGCAACAUGCCGCGCCGUCGCCGCAUGCGCUGCUGGUGGGCGUGCGGCGACACUUUUUUGAGGUUCCGCAAGGUUUCUGGGGCUUUCGAGGCUCGUGGGAGCCCACCUGGUCUCUUAGAUUGGAUACCAAAGGAAUUUCUACUUAUUGUAUACAUGGCGAGCGCUCUGUUGACGGGGUGCGUGUACUUUGGCUUUCAUUCUCUCCGGCGCAUGCUCCUGCAGUCAGGAGCCUAUGCGUGGCUUUGCGAAGGCGAUGCAACAGUUGUAUCAGUUUCGGACGGAUCGGAGUCUGAAGUCGGCGCUUUGAGCGAUUCCGAUGUGUUGCUUUGCGAUAUGCAGGAUGCUGCAGUGUCCCCACUUAUAACAGUAGCAAUGGUAUCGCACUCCCUCAUGUCUGCAGUAGCGGGAGCUCUCCUGGAUCGAGUGGGGCCCAAGGCGACGGCUAUGAUGGGGCAAGGAUUCAAUGCGUUGGGGUGGUUGCUGCUGGCAGUCUGCAAUUCGAGCUUCCCGGCGUAUGUGCCCGCUUUUUUAUGUAUGGGGCUUGGUGCUGAUUCGUGCUAUCUUCCUCUGCUGAAAAUAGUGAAUCGUUUCAGUGCCAGACGAGCCACGGUGAUUUCACUGCUCGGAGUUGCAUGCACCGCGAGUUUCGGGGUCCCUAUGGUGCUGGAGGCUAUAUGGCGCAUGAGGCCCCAAUGGGAGUUCAGCACCUUGUGCUGGGUGUACAUACUGAUGGGACCGGGCUUUUGUUUGCUCAUUGCCGUCGUCCUGGUGCCGUGGACGGCAUUUCCGGAUGUUCAAGAACAGGAGCAAGAAGGAGAGAAGCAUGGAGCCAAGGAUCGCAUGCAGCAGCUCGAAGACAAGGGGCACGUCUGCCCGAGUCCCGUAUCCACGGAUAACAGUAUUAACAUCUCAAUUGAAACUUCGGCAGGCAGCCAUAUGGAUAGCGUGGCAAUGCAGUCCGAUGGUUCUUCAAUGCUGCCCAAGGAGUCUGAGAACGCCCAAGCCGAUAUACCAGCAGCAGUUGAUACGAGUACUGCAGGGCCUGCCACUGCUGCAGCUCCUACACCCGGUAAAGUAGUGCUACCUGCGGCAGAAGGCGAGACACAGCAGCGUGGCAGGAGCAGUUUUAUGUCCGAGUUUCUGUGUGUACGUUACCUGUGUAUUUUAAUUCUCGCAUCAUCCCAGCAGCUGGCAAUCUCAUUCUUCCAGAUGGCGGGGCCCCGCUUGUUGGACCCCCCCGUUGGGACUCAGAUGGAUCGGUACAUAUCUCUUGCUUUCAUUCCGUGUAUUUUGAUUGGGGCGGCAAUUGACUUGUUCGGUAUUCUGCCCAUUUUGUCGUGUAUCAACACACUGGGGUUCUUGGCGUAUGCAUUUACCCUGGCCCCAGCCUCUUACGGGGCCCACGUGGCCUCGCUGAUUUGCUUCUGCGGUUACAUUUCGUUGGACAGCGAGCUCAUCUUCUGCUGUAUCAACAGCAUGUUCAGCAGCACCAAUUUCGGUCGACUGGCCGGCGUUUGCCAGGCAGCGGGCGGCAUUGUAUCCCUCAGCUCCAUUCCGUUAUACAAUACUCUCUCCGUCGGAAUCCACAGAGGCGAUUGCAAGCCAGUGGCGUGGGCUCUCACGGCCGUUUUGGGGUUGAUGUAUGGGCUCCUCUCCGUACUCUUCUGGGUAUCGAAGCGGCAUCCAAGCGGGGCCCCCAAAUCUGCUCCCGACAAGCUACCAGGCCCAGGAACUCCUGCUCUUGAAGAGGCGUGA